AUGGCGUCUCCUCCCUAUGCCACGUCGCCAUUGGCUACAUCGCCUCCCUAUCCAUCGCCGGUGCAGAUUCCCAGCAAGAAGCGGUCGUCGACGAUGGACAUGAACAUGCCGCCUGGGAAGCGCAGGAAGAGCUCCGUCAUCUCACAACCACCGAUUCACCCCCUGCGGCAGACGUCGUUCCCGCCAGAAGCAGGCUCGCCGUUUCCCAGAUCGCCAUCGGUCGAUGCCACAUCCCAUGUUAGCGGCAGUGUGGUGAGCGCGACGACGAGCGGCGCCCCCAGGAAGAAGCGCGGUAGGAAAGCGAAGAACACCAAGGGGGAUGACGCAGCGGAGAAGACGCCAAGUUUGGUAGGAGGCAAGGCGGCGACGACGGCGAGCGGGCAGGGCGGUGAUAAGGAGCUGGAGGACGAUGAGGAUGACGACAAGGCCGAGAUGGCGCUGGAGGAUGCGGUUGCGCGGACACAGGAGCAGAAGCAAGAAGAAAUAAGAUUGAGGGCUAUGCUCGUGGAGGCGUUUGAUCCGCUGCAGUAUGAUCGGUACGAGUUUUGGCGAGCGGCCAAGCUGUCGGAUGCGGUUGUCAAGAGGGUUGUCAAUGCAACCGUCUCGCAGUCAGUGCCUCAGAUGGUGGCUACCGCCGUAAAAGCAGUGGCCAAGCUCUUUGCUGGAGAAAUCAUUGAGGGAGCACGAAACGUCCAAGCCGAAUGGAUUGUCGCUGGAGAGAAGCAGAGCGAUGAGGCUACACCACCGCCACCGACCGACGAAGCCGAAAACGACGAAGAGCCUGAUCUCCGGAGAGGCCCACUUCGACCAGACCACUUGCGAGAGGCCUGGAGGCGUUAUAAACUGUGCCACGAGAGCCGAGGCGUAGGAGUGCAACAGUUGUGGCACGCCCAGCAGGGAACCGGGGUGGAGAGAUUUUCAACAAGGACGCGGAAUAGGCUGUUUCGGUGA